UCCGUCUGAACAGUUGUCGUGUUUAAAACGCCUGAACGUCGCCGUCUCACCUCGCUCGCUCAUCGCCUUCAUUCACUCCCGUCGAACGCCGCCAUGAAUUCUCUCUUGACGAAUAUCAUUGUGACUGGAUCCGCCAACGAGCUGAAGGAGAAUGGAACUCUGCGUCACGUGGAAGAAAAAUCCCUGGAAGAAGUGGCUGGUCAAGGCGGCUUCCAAGACCAGCAUGUCAUUCAGCCCUUUGCUACAGGGGGUGGCUCCAUGUGUCUGGAGCACACCGUCUCCGGCGAAGAACACCCGUAUCCUUUCGAGGUCAUCCAGGAAAGUGCCAACUACCUCCUCUCGGGCACCAGGCACAGACCCAAGAUUGGCAUCAUCUGCGGAUCAGGGCUGGGUGGUUUGGCUGACCAGCUGUCUGAACGGGACGUGUUCCCGUACGAGACCAUUCCCAAUUUCCCGACAUCCACAGUGGCUGGUCACGCUGGGAUGGUCAUCGGUCUCUUGUCUGGAGUUCCUGUCAUGUGCAUGCAAGGAAGGUUCCAUGCUUACGAAGGAUAUCCUCUGUGGAAGUGUGCCAUGCCCGUGAGAGUGAUGAAGCUGAUGGGCGUGGAGAGAAUCGUCAUCACCAACGCGGCCGGGGGACUGAACCCCGAAUUCAAGGUCGGCGACAUCAUGAUUAUCAAGGAUCACAUCAACAUGCAGGGCUUCGCGGGAGACUCCCCACUCCGCGGCAGGAACGACGAGAGAUUCGGACCCCGUUUCCCGGCCAUGAACAACGCCUACGACGCCAAUCUGAGGACCAUGGCCAAGACCAUCGCUGACGAGAUGAAUCUGUCCCACGUCCUUCGCGAGGGCGUUUACGUCAUGCUGGGCGGGCCGACGUACGAGACGGUAGCCGAGCUUAAUCUUCUCAGGAUUGUUGGAGUGGACGCUGUUGGAAUGAGCACCGUACCUGAGGUUGUCGUGGCCAGGCAUUGCGGGCUAAAGGUCUUUGCAUUCUCCCUUAUCACCAAUAAAUGCAUCACUCAUUACGAUACGGAGGAAGAGGCCAAUCACGAGGAGGUCAUCGAAGUGGCCAACAUCCGUAAGAAGGACUUGCAGAACCUGGCCAGGAGAAUUAUCGUCACGAUGAGCCAGGAGCUGGAAAGUGCCCAGUAGUCAAUACUGGAAUGUCUCCUGGAAAGACUGUCUUUUUUUAUGUGUAAGAAUGAUUGAAAACUGGACUCCGAUUCCCCUCUGUGGAAAUGUUAAAAGUUUAUACUGUAUUACUCGAGAAGUGCCUUCUUGGUGAAGGAUUUAGUUUUUUUUUUUAAAGGAUUAAUCCUUCAUUCGCUCGUGUCUGUAUAGCAAGGAUUUAAGAGGACUGGAAGGUGGUUCGCCAUGAGGCUCUGUGAAAUCCCCAGGAUUUGUCAAGUCUGUGAGGCGGAUCACAGAAUCAAUUUUGUCUGUAUAUUAGUUCGUCUCGACUGUAUUUAAGCAGGCGAUUAAAUGCUGGCAUUUUGAUAUAUGUAUAUUUAUGAUGCAAGUGACCUUAUGCUAUUCUGAGUUUCUAAUUAAAGGAUGUUUUGAAUGAUGCCAGUGCGAGUUUUUUUUUUUUUUUUUUUUUUUUUUGUGGGGGGGGGGCGGUUGUGGGCAAGGUGAUUUUAAAUAAGUAUUCCUUUCGUCGUAUCGACGUGGCUGGUGAACGAUAAUGCACUGGUUUUGACUGUCUUGUGAGCUCUUGGCUGUUUGAUAAAAGCGAGUGCCAAUUGUAGAAGUGAAUCGACGCCUUCUGGGACUUUCGUGAAAGUAUUUCUGUAUUUCUUUUUUCUAAGUUGAAGUUAGAACUGGUGUCAUUUUAGUCUACAGACUCAUUUUGCAUAUGUUUUACAACUGAUGUCACUCCAGAACUAAUGUCACUUAGUGCAGACUCUUUCUCUAUGUAUUUUGUAACUGAAUUCAUUCCAGUUUGAAGGAAGUGGUAUUUUAUGCAUUUAUAUUUUAGCAGUGAUGUAAUUCGGUCAUAAAUUUCAAAGGCGUUUUGAAUUUAUGUCUGUCUAGAAUAGAUCACGUCACUGUAGUGUCUGUAAAUGGUCUUUUCAGCCAUGGGUUCUUUAACUGAAGUCAUUCCAUUGUAGAUUAAUGGCAUACAUUCCGUAACUGAAGUUAGAUGUUCUUUUAGAAAUUUAAAAAUGAAGACAUUCUAGCUAUUGAUGUAGACGGUCCUGUGACCAUAGAUUGUAGAACUCGAGAAAUAAAAUACCAUCCCUCAAAUUUGUGACUGAUGUAUUUUCGUUAAGAAAUUAAAAGGUUUUAUAUCUAGUGCAACAGAGAUGACAAAAAGACACCAGGAAAUCUGAAAAAUGGCUUUCCAUGUGUCCAUUUUGCUAUGUCCUAAUAUUAAAAAGAUUUUGGUCAAUGAAAUAUUUCUACUGAAUGAUACCUACACGCGUCUCAUUGGUCGUAGAUCUUGGUACAGCGAACUUCAGUUGUAUAUAUGUGUACAUCACACAGCGUGCCAUGUGCCAUGAUAUGGGCAUGAGUGCCAGCCUUUCUGUGUGUCAGUCUGUAACGCUUGGAGCAGCUGGGUCACGUUUUAGGUGUAAUUUAGCUGAAUUCAACAGAAGCGAGGUUCAAGUGUACUCGUAUUGAUUAGGCCGGUAUGUACAUAUGUAUGUAUGUAUAUGACUUAUUGUUAUGUACUACUAAAGGAAUGAUAAUGUUUAUAUAUAUAUUUCUAACUCACAUUGUUUCAUGCCUGUAAUCAUCAACAUGUAUAUGAUGAUGUUAGAUUUAUUUAUUGUACAAUUAGGUUAAUGUAGCUGUUAGAAUAAGUUUUUUUUUGUGUGAUAGUAAUUUCUGCUUUGUCCUGAGAAGGGUUAGUCUUUCCUAUUACAAAUUCUCCUCACCUCUAUGAAGACUCUUGACAGAAUUUGCCAAAACGCAGUUAAUUGGACAUAAGUCAUAGGUACAUUGUUACCAUGAAGUUUGGUUUUUCCGAGUUAACUAUGUUACGAAUGCUGUCAAGUGUUUCUUUUCUUAAAUUCAUUUCCAGACUUUCUUCCUCCCGGUUUCAAUUGAGCUUAUCUUUGCUAUACACUUAAAUUAACAUUAUCGUACCUUCCAUUUUGCUAUAGUUUCAGCAAGACAAUUCAGUAUCGUGUAUCUUUAAGAGACGUGUGAUGGCAUUUAUGGUUUAUUUAGUUAUGUUUCUGUAAGCAUUUUUGUCUUUUGUUUUCAAUUCUUGUAUUUUAGGUACCGAGUUUUGUGUUUAAUUUGCAUCAGUUUCAUAAUGAAUUCGCCAGAACUUCUUUUUAGAUUUGCUGUUUGUCAAUGGCUAGAUCAGCAAUUUCAUUUUGUCUGUGCUAUUAUCAGGGUUGCAGAUUGUACUUUUAAAUCUCAUAACCUUGUAUCUUCAUUUUCUUGUCUCUUAUGCAUUGUACUUUUCAUCUUAAUUUUCUUAUUUCUCUUUGAUCUCUAGUAAAAUUCUUUAAUACAUCAAAUAGAUACGAGAAUUGACACUUCUAUGGAAAUUUUAAUAUCUCUGUGUAUAAAUACUUCCUCCUUUUAAUGCUUUUGUGAACUGAUUAAGGAGUUUUGUCGUGUGUGAGAGUUUUGCUUGUCUAUUACUUUGUUGUCAGAUUGUCCUUGGAACUUUUGUUGUGAAUUUACAGUCAACGAAGUGAGUGUUUUCUUUCACGUAAGUCUGGCUAAAUUUCUUUGCUCUUAGACUUUUAAUAAGAACGUUCGUGAAUGUGGAAAGAUAAUACUGAGUUGAAGAUACCUCUGUAUCUCUGUACAGGCAGUCCCCGGGUUACGAUGGGGGUUCCGUUCUUGAGACGCGUCUUAAGCCGAAAAUCGUCGUAAGCCGGAACAUUGUCAAAAAUCCUAAGAAAACCUUACUUUUAAUGCUUUAGGUGCAUUCAAAACUAUGUAAACUGCAUUCUUAUUGCAUUUUUCAUUAAAAAAACCUUUAAAUAUUGAUUAUUUUGCAUUUUUGGUGUCAUAUUUCAUCUGCCAGAUCAGUGUUUGUAGGCGUCGUAACCCUGGAAAUAAUUUCUGAUGAAUAUAAUUGAAAAGCGUUGUAACCUCGGAACGUCGUAAGCCGAGACCGUCCUAAGCCGGAGACUGCCUGUACUGUUAAACUGUCAUGAAUUUAUUAAGUAACCAAGGAAAUUGUGUUUUAUAGAAAGAUAUACCUGUAGUUUGGCUACGUUUAAAUGAUUUGGACUUGUAUGGUGUCUUUUUUUUUACUACAUUUCCAUGUUAAUAUAUUGUGGUUUGUACUUGCACCAGACCCCAAUAGUCCGUUGCAAAUUUUCCUCAUAAAUUUGAAGAGCGUGGAAUUAUCUUUUGAACCGCGUGAUUCCUUCCUUACUCAUACUCUAGGUCUCAUUGUCACCCAUUCCCAACAGCGUCAACGUAAGCGGAUAAAAAACAUUUCAUUGUCUUAAAAACUUUUCGCACCUAACCCUUGAAGUGUCUCUCAGAAACUCACACCAGUAAAAUAAAUGAGUUGAUAUGUGCAUGUUUGUGUCUUUGUAAAUAAAUAAGAAAAAAAACACUGUGUGUUUACGAAACACUGAUGCCUCAGAAAACCCACUUGUGAUAUAUGUAAAAUUUCCUGUAAGUGGAAAAUAUAUUAUGGAUGUAUAAUAAAGAUGUUUGUUCAUAGAAUAA